AUUCCCAUGACUUCUCCAGACCGAAUGAUAAAAACCCUUCAAAAUCACCGGUUGGAAAAUAAAGAAUUAAAGGAAGAGUUAAAGAAAAUGCAAGAUGAAAUUUCCACUUGUGCAGUUCCAGUCCAAAAAAGUCUUGGUGAUGAUUUCAUAAAAAUUAUGUCAACAACUAAUCGCAAGAUACCACCAUUCAUGAAAUUUUUUUGGGAAGAGCAGCAGAAAUAUUUAUGUUAAUAAAUUAUUAAUGGAUGAAUUGAAAAUUCAAGAAAGUCUUGUGUGGGAUAAGCAUAAUGGUGAUCUUAUUGGUUUUGUUGACCUUGGUGAUAUUGAUCUAAAUUAUGUUGCGUUGAAAAAGAAAGCGGUUGGCAUACUGGAGGAAAAAUGUGGCAUAAAAGUUGUUGGUGUCACAAGUGAUGGAGCAUCUCCAAACCGACGAAUGUACCAUAUGCACCUAAACAUGACCCGUGUAGCUGACAUUAAUGCAGGAGUGGACGUAACAUACCGCAAUUUGAAUGUUAUGGCGGAUGAGGAACGGUACAUCUACUUCAUCUCAGAUCCACCACACUUAAUUAAAACAGCCCGCAAUUGCCUGAGUAAUUCUCUUACAGGAAGAUGUACCAGAAGUAUGUGGAAUGAUGGAAGUUAUAUCACCUGGAACCAUAUUUCAAAGUUAUUCCUUGAUGACCUAGACUGUGGAUUACAUCUUGUUCCUAAAAUAACAAAUGACCACAUCAAGCUCACACCAUAUUCAGUCAUGAAUGUACGUCUGGCAGCACAAGUGUUAAGCGAAUCUGUCUUUAACGCUCUUCAAUUGUAUGGACCACCAGAAGCUAAUGCAACUGCCAAAUAUUGUAAUAUGUUCGACCAAUUUUUUGACUGUCUUAACGUCAAGAAUACCAAAGAAGCAGCAAUUAAACAUAAACCAUUUCUUAAACCGUACACAUCUGUUGAUGAUGAAAGAUUCUUAUGGUUGACCGAAACAUUUCUAGGAUAUUUCAAAACAUGGAAGGAUUCAAUUGCUGAUAGGCCUGGUAAUUUUACGGAUAAUGCUAGAGCAAAUAUGUUUAUUUAAAUAUGUUUAUUAUUACCAAGGAAUCAAAAUCACUGUCCAUUCUACUGUUGAAUUAAUCCAGUAUUUAAUUAAUAAUGGAGUUCCAUAUGUACUGACAGAAAGAUUUUGUCAAGUUCCCCUUGAAAACUACUUUGGUCGUCAACGUGCAAUUGGUCAUAGGAAAGAUAACCCAUCAAUCCGUGAUUUUGGUUAUAACGACAACACAAUUAGAACACAAAAGAUUUUCUGACCCAUAGCUGGUAACUGUCAUGAAAUUGAUAUUGAAACUGUGCCAUGCCGUAAGAGCAAUUAAACACACUUGGAAGAAAGAAGAAACUAAAAACGGUUAUUUUUAUAGCCACACAUUUAUAAAAAACAUUAAAUUGGCUUAAUAAGCAAGAACAAGCACUGUAUUUCUGCUUAACACAAACAUUAAUAAAAAAUAUUUUGAAAUACCUUAAAACCUAUGUACACUACCUGGCCCUUUUUGUAGACUUCCAUAAUUAUUUAUUAUACCAUGUGCCAAAAUAAUAUUGUUUUAAAAUUUGUUGCUAUAAAAAUAGCAGUUGUAACAGGUUUAUAGUCACUGUUCUGGACUCUUAGUGUCAAUGUCCAUCUGAAAGAUUGCUUGAAGAUUUCUUGAUUUCAGUGCGUAGAGAUCGAGCUUUUUUCUGUUUUGAUGCAAUUUUGUGCAGCUCACAUUUAUCUUUCACAAAUGAAAAAACACGAACACGAACAUAAAGCAUGAUGAGAUGCUCAAGUAAGUUCAUUGCUAAUUCUUUUGUGACUUUUUCGGUUGAGUGUGAUGUUAUUUUGUUGUAAUUACAAAGCACUACAGGGUUCUCAAGCAGGUCUGAAACAAUUUUCUUACUAUCAAUUGUAUGGUGAAAAUUAGCAGUUGCAGCACGAACUUCAAGUUCUGCACAACAAAAAAUUCUGAAAACAUCAUCGGUUACUGACCAUAACCCUCCUCUGUCCUUCAUAUUUACUAAAUCAGAAUUUUUAUCGUCUUCCACAAGACAUGACUUUCCAGCUAAUAAGAUGUCCAAACUUUGAACUCCAAGCAUACUUCUUGAUUUUUUUGAUCUCCUAAUGCGACGAUAUAGGGUACUAAAUACAUAACCACUUAGAUAUUGAAUUAUGUUUCUUUCUUUGGGUGAAAAAUUCACAUGGGAAGAAAAUUCUACAGUGUUUUCUUUUACAGUUGAAUUAGUGAGAUGAGCAAGUACGUGAUUAGCCACUUCAAAACCAAGGAGAAUAGAGCUUCGAUUUGAUAAAUUUCUGAAAACAAUAUUUUCGGACACAGAUUUAUAGAAGGCCGGAUAAAACUUUUCAGCAUCGCCUUUAAAACUACCAAUCACAUCUCUGACAAAACUAUAGGAAAAGUUUGUAUCGUCGUUUGUAAUAACAUAAUUGACAAAUUCAUUUCUGGUCUUCUCACUAUAGCAUUCAUCUUUAGAAAGUUUACUUGCACUUAAUUGGGUGUACUUCUUAAAGUAUAACGGAUGGAGCUUGGUUUCAGCAGUAGUGAGGCUGUCGUCAUUUAACUGGUUUUGUGGCUGACGAUGUUUCGCAUUUCGGUGUCUUGUGGGUCCCCGUUGUGUUGGUUAAGUAAAGCUAGCCGUACCUAACAGCCGCACCUUAGCCGCACAUUAGCCGUACUUAAGAAAAUUCGUAAUUAGCAGCUCUGUGUAAGACCACUUGCUUCUAAGCUUAAAAUUAGUAGUUAAUGUAUAUCAAAGUUAAAUUGUCUAACUUUUAUUUCGUCUUUUAGGUGAAUAUCUAUACCCGAUAAAAAUGAUGCAAAAUGGAGCACUCCAUCGUCGAGCCCCAGUAAACCCCAGGGAAUCCUCAAUGAUGAAAUACCGAUAAUAAUAUAUCUUACAUGUAUUAUAAUUUUUAUAAAAUGAUUUUAAUACAAAUACAAAAGAGAUUUUUAAAA